AUGCCGUCAGCAACCAGCAACGGGCACCAUGAGGCUCUGAAUCCGAUCCACCCCAGCAUGCUCGACAGACUCGACCCUGCCUUUGUCGACAUGUAUAACGAGAACGUGGCCAAUAUACCCAACAAGCCGAUCGAUCUUAACUUUUUGCGGACCAAGUACUCCGUACUGUACUCCUAUGGCACAGGACCCGCGCCUGAGGUCGGCCGUAUCUACGAUGACACAAUCCCUCUGAAUGACGGCUACGAGCUCCCUAUCAGAGUCUACGAGCCGACAUCAGGCAGCGGUCCUUGGCCUGUACACAUUGAUUUUCACGGAGGAGGCUGGGGCCUUGGAGACCUUGACACAGAAGCGCCCAUAUGCAAGCAUGUCUGCGCAAAGGCAGGUGUCGUGGUCAUUGAUGUGGCCUACAGAUUGGUACCGGAGUAUGUGUUCCCCACCGGAAUCGAGGACUCCUUUGCGGCAUUGCAAUACAUCCACCGGAACGGACAGAAAUUCAAUGUCACCCAAAGCAUAUCGCUUGGCGGUGUUUCAGCAGGAGCCAACAUCGCACUUGUCCUGGCGCACUGGGCUCGUGAUAACGGGAUCCCCAUACGGCUAGUCACAGCCAACACUCCUACGAUAGACGAUCUGGCACAGUAUGCCUCUGCUUCAGAGUCACCGUUCCGGUCCGUCCAAGAGAACGAGUUUGCACCAACACUCAACUGGGCGCGCCUCGUCUGGUUUGACAAGCUCAAGUGGAGUUCGCUAUCUUCAGAUCCCACAGAGCAGGAGAAGCAGCGGAAACACAUUGGCUGGGUGAAGAACCUGCUAACGGCCCCCAACUUUAAGGACCUUCCGCGUACGGUCAUACAUACUGCCGGUGCAGAUCCGCUGAGGGAUGAAGGAGAGGCUUACGCAAUGAAGAUGGUGGAGAAUGGAAAUGAGGUCGUGCUCAAGAGGUUUCCAGGCGUCCCCCAUCCGUUCGUGAAGAUGGACGGCGCGUUGAAGCAAGGCCAAGAGUCGAUCUCGAUGACAGCAGGUGAGACGGUCAAGAAGCGAUCCAGUCCAGCAAAUUCAGCUUCCACUACUACGAUUGAUUCGCAGGAUGCGGCGGACAAUCUUGAAGCGCAACCUCUAGCAGUGACAAACAGUGGGGAUGGGGAGCUCGACUUCAAUGUCGAAGGAUUGGAGGACGCUGAAUCAUGGUGGCCAUUCUCGCCUACAUUCGAGCCUGUGGUAUCUUCCCCUACUUCCAACGUGUCAACCUUGUCGUUGACGCAGCUGCAUGCUGCUCCAGCGCUUGUUGCCGAAGAGGACAAGUCAUUACUCAACCAUUACAUAAAGGUUGUUGCUGUUGUAUUGUCUCGCCGGGACGACCAUCAAUCCAAUCCGUACCUGUCCAAGAUGCUCACUGUAGCCUUCUCGGACCAGCUCGUCAUGGAUGCACUUCUGGCUCUUUCAGCCAACCACUGGAAGAAGAUGCAACCUUCAGUGUGGAAACGUGGGAUUCUUCACCAGACGAAUGCUCUACAGUCCUUGGGCAAACUGCUGCCACAGAUCGACAGCCACACUGCGGACACAGCGCUUGCCGCUACUCUUCUUUUAGCCAUGAUCGAGCUGUUCGAAGGCACUUCUUCCCAUUGGAAAUUCCAUCUUGAUGGUGUGCGCCGGCUGCUGGCUGCUAUCGAAGCUCAACCACAGUGGAAUGCGCAGAGUCGACACAGAGCAUUCUAUCGACAGCUGUAUCAUUUCCUUGAUUCUGCCACAACGAUCUCGACAUGUCAUCCGCCUCUCCUGGAAUCUCCUAAAGAACAAGACGUGACGUCUCCGACCUACGAUCAUGACGACGAGGCUGCACUAUAUGGCAUUCCACGAUCGCUAUUUCAUUUCGUGGACAAGCUGAACGGACUCGCAUACCAAAGGAAAUUUCGAGAUGACCCAGUCUUCGAAAGCAUGUUCCAAGCGUCUGCUUCCAAGCUUCAAGAAGAGAUCGAACAGUGGUCGGACGAGAAGAAGGAGCCAGUGACUGGAAAACCAUCUCCGGAACAGCAUGCAACGACAGCAUUUGAGCAAGCACUUCGUCUGCGUCUCCAUCAGAUCGUCAAUGGAUACUCUCUCGACCAUCCAGCGGUCAAGACCUGUGUUGAGAACAUUCUUGAUGCCGUGCAGGAGAUUCGAUACGGCAGCCCAAUUGAGAGCAGCCUUGUGUUUCCACUUGUCAUGGCAGGCGGCGCUUGCGAAGACGAGCAUUCGAUUCGAAUCGUUCAGGAUCGAUUUCUCGUUAUGGAAAGGACACUGGGCUUUCGGUAUAUCUACACUGCACACAGUCUGAUUGAACGCGUCUGGAAAGAACGAGAAGCCGUACGGGGCACAGAUCAGGAAGUCAACUGGGCUGCCAUUCGAUAUUUCAACAUCCCGGGUCUGGCAUUCGUGUGA